UCAGCGGGACGCGUGUCACCAUAAACCACUUACAACAAAUAGAAAAGUAUUUUAUAUUCUCCGAAGGAUUCAUGCUGCAUCAUUCCACUCAGGACUGGAUUAGGCUACGUGUAAUCCUAAACUGGGAUUCCGUCUGAUUUUGUUCGUCGGAAGAUGCGUGGCUGUGGAUCGCAGAUUGAGGAUUUUCGCGGAAUUAAACGAGCAUUAAGUUACUGCAAACGCGAGUCGCGAGAACUGGAAGAACUGACUGACCAGUUAGUUGAAACGCCACAAUAUGUGUAGGCAGUGUAGUGAUACCUAAAGCAUUCCUAUGACCUGAGCAUCCCUUUGGCCCCUCGGUCCCCUCCCAGUGGCAGAAGCAGCAGGGAAUAAGGGAUGUCACAAGUAUUCCUCCUCCUGAUCCUGCUCAAUUUCUCAUCCUGCAUCCAGAUGUCCACUGCUGUAUCCCUCAAAACUUUGAUGGCAAGAUGGAUGAUGUACCGAGAUGAAUGUUUUCGAAAUAUUACUCGAGAAAACCCACUGACAGGUGUUGUGUGCAAUAGAACAUUUGAUAACUAUGCCUGCUGGCCGGAUGGGCUACCCAAUACCACAGUGGGUGUGGCCUGCCCCUGGUACCUACCCUGGCACAGAGAAGUCCGACAUGGCCUGGUGUAUGUGGAAUGUGAUGCCGAUGGACAGUGGAGUAAGCAGAAGAACGUCAGUGAAUGUGUAUCACGAGACCCCACCCAAAUUAACAUGCAACACUAUGGAAGGAUCCUCAGUCAAUUCCGCACCAUGUACACUGUUGGAUAUUCUCUGUCUCUUGGGGCGCUAGUGUUGGCGUUGGGGAUCCUGGUGGCCUUUAGGAAGCUGCACUGCAUGAGAAACAACAUCCACAUGAACCUGUUUGCCUCCUUCAUCCUGCGAGCCUCCUCUAUUCUUAUCAAUGAUGCCAUGCUGGAGAAACCAGACACCUUUCAUGUUGGUCAGGACAUCACCACUGAACUGGAGGUGGAGUGGCUGGUUAAAAAUGAGACGGCUGUCGGCUGCAGAGUUGCUGUGGUGAUGAUGCAAUACAGUAUUCUAGCUAACAGCUAUUGGCUGCUGGUGGAGGGAAUUUAUCUGCACAGCCUGCUGGUGGUCACAGUGCUGACAGAGAGGAAUUACUUCAGCAUCUACCUGUGCAUUGGCUGGGGUGCUCCUUUGAUAUUCGUGUUCCCGUGGGUGAUUGUGAAGUACUUGUAUGAGAAUGAAGAAUGCUGGGUGCAGAACAAACACAUGGAGUACUGGUGGAUUAUUCGUUCUCCCAUUUUACUGGCUGUCCUGAUUAACUUCUUCAUCUUCAUGCACAUCAUUAAGAUCCUUGUGUCCAAACUGAGGGCACAUCAAAUGAGAUAUUCUGACUACAAGUUCCGGCUUGCUAAGUCCACCCUUACCCUGAUUCCGUUAUUGGGGAUCCAUUCGGUCCUGUUUUCAUUUGUUACUGAUGAGUCUACCUUACAUGGUGCUCUACCACUGCGCCUCACAAAGCUCUUCAUUGACCUCUUCUUCAACUCCUUUCAGGGGCUGCUGGUUGCAAUCUUAUAUUGCUUUGUAAACAAAGAGGUUCAGUCUGAGAUUCUAAAGAAGUGGAGACGUUGGAAGCUUGGGAGGGACAUUGAAGAAGAGUACCGCCACACUUACAGCCAGACCUUGCAGAUGAAGAGUUGCAGCAUCAUGGUCCAUCCACCCAAUCUGCCCCGACUGCCCGAUAUCGCCACCACAACCUCGAUGCUCUGCAGUCCAGAGGAGAAGCAGAUGUUGGUGUCUAGCAGCCAGAACGGUAUAGAAGCUGGGCAAGGAUGCUUGCAGUUCACCUCUACUCCACAAGAUGGUUUCAUCUGCAGUUCGCUAACAGAGGAUCCAGUGGGAGCUGACAGGGCACGGCGUUAUAGCAUUUCAAAGGACAAUGCUGAGAGCAACCUGUGAGUUGGAGGAAACGUGUCUCAGCGGCAAUCCUUAGCUCGAUCACUCUCGCAUCCUAAGGACAAGGAACCAGAACCCUUGGUCCUAGCUGGAGCGAAAGAUGUGUAUGUGUGCCAACAGUGCCUGGAUGAGUGUGUGAGAACACCUGCUGUCUCUAAAGCUCAGCAGGCAGCUCAUGAUGGAUCUCAUGAAAGAUCAGUAAUACUAAAAGGUGGAAAUACCUUAAGGAAUUGCACAAGUGUACAUGCUAAAAAACGUGAGUCUUACAUCUAGUCUGGUAUAGAUUUGUAUUAUGUUGGUGGUUCAAUACAGGAGACCCGUCUGGACAAAUACACACCGAAAAAACAUAAAAUCAAGCAUGGGACCAAAAGGAACCAUCAUAACCACACAUCUACAAUGUCUCGGAUGGAUGGACUAUAAGAAGAGACACGCUUAACUGAACUUAAAUAAACUGGUUUAUGCAUUCCAGAUAGUAUUAUUGAGGACAAGGAGAAACCAACAGGUUCUUGUCUUAACAGCAUCUUCUCUAUAACCCAUCCCUUCAAUCUCUUUAUGGAAACAAUUGACGCUUUUUGCAUACAUGUAACAAGUAAGGGGGCGUUCACACAGGACGCAUUGGCAAGCUAGACGGAAUGGAUUGUAAUAGAGUGCAAUUGUGGCCACCCACUUUUUCAGCUGUCUUGGUUCCGGAAGUUGAAAUAACGCAGACUGAUGGCUUAAUCAGAAGCAUAUACCAUUGAUUGACAACCUCUUAGCUAACCGUAGGUCUUUCUUUAAAAGUUUAUAAAUUAUCGUAAAUAUGGAAUAAUGUAUGGGAUAUUUACUCCCGAAACCAGACUGCUGUGCUCUAUUGAACAGAAGGCGUGUUUAUAGGUGCAUUAACUCCCAUACAUCAUUGCUGAUGUACCCAUUCAAUAUGUAAGAGUUGCUUAUCCCAUCCGUAGAGUGAUCUGGUUGGUCCGUUAUCCAUUGUUGUAAAACUUACAUUGAUCCAUAAAUUUAACUUGUAAAACUUUACAAUCUGUUGCUCAUGGUGCAAAGUGCUAAAAAAAAAAAAUAACAAAACAUGCCCCAGGGGCAAAAGAUGUUUGUCUGGUAAAUACAAUAAAUCGCAAAUGGAAUGCAAAAAUGUGUCCUGUGUGAACUGACCCUAAAGCUGUUUGUUUAGUUGAAUUAAAACCAUUUUGACUUGGUUAGAAAUUAUUGUCAAGGCAAGAAUGAAUCAAACAGUACUUCUUCUGUUGGUGACAGACCCAAAUAUUACAAAAACACAAAGAUUAUACAGUGCAACACAAUUCAUGUCUAGUACAAAUCCAUUAGUCUCACAUAUAUAAUUCAGAGGUGAAGGUUGCUUAAGGCAAAUUCUGUACUCUGAGCAUGAGCUCAAGCACAAGUUAUGUGAAUGUGCCACUAUUAAUCAAGAUGAUGUGCUCCCUUCAAGGAAACAUGCUCGGUAUACUCAAGCAUGUAAAAAAUACCCAUAUGUAAAAGGGUCUAAGUCAAUGAACCCAUUUACAUGCACUUAAUAAAUUGUCUUUUCCAGGCUUUUUGCAGAAAGCUGCAUUCUGAAACGCCAUGUAAACUUGAAUGCAGUUUUCUUUAAGCCAUUUAAGGGAUUAAGAGAAAGCCGUUUAAUACACAUAGGUUUCUGGUGUCCAUGUAAACGAGCUCAAUGCCUUAAUGGUGUUGCAUGCCAGAUAUGGGUCCUGUGUCGCUGGUCAAAGCGAUAAUGACAUUCCACCAGACAUGUUGAUAACAGUCAGUAUUCGUUGGCUACCUGUUUUGCGUGUUUCUUAUCUCCUGAUAGGCAGUUUAAUUCAUUGGCGUAGAUCUUUGAAAGAAGUUCAUGAAGCGUAGGAGUAUCCGCAAGGAAGACAGGCGGCAACAAUGAGAACAUUUAGAACAAAUUGCAACCUAAGACAUUGAUCAAAGCAAUUCCUUGCUCAAAGGAUGUUUUCAUGCUCAGUUCAACAUGUAAUUGCUUUAAAAAUGCAUAAUCACACCACCAAAAUGAUUUUGCAGAAGAGUUUAAAGGUGAAGUGUGUAAAUUCUGCACUACUAGUGGGACCAAACAGAAAAUAAAUGGAAAGUUAAAUUUAGUUAUUUUUGCUAAUCUGUUUGGAGCCGCCAUUGGCAUAGAAAUCAACAUACUGGUCUCACUGAAUCAAGUUGUACCUACAUUUAGCAUUUUAGGGCCCCACAUUGGAAAUUUCACAUUGGAACUGCCGCGAUACAUAUAUACAGAGGUGUAGGUUCCAGGGGGAUGGGGUGUUCAAGACAAAUCUACGCCCUUGCAUAUAGGGAACCAUGAUAUAUUAUUUUGCAAAGGUGUUGCCACAGUCAACACAGAUGAUGACAAUGAGCAGCUGAUGUCCUAUAUUAUGUGUUUGUGUGCUUAAAAGAUGCACAUUUAUAAUAUUUUGUUUGGAUCGUCAAACACAUGCUGAUAAUGAUUAUUGCAAAUAACUGUGUGGGGCAAUUUGCACAAUUUUAAUUUAUAUUUGUUAGAAAUGUAAAUAUCAGUAUAUGCCUGUUGAGAUUUGUAAUGACUUUGUUUUGUGAUGUGCGUAUUUUGUGCUUGUGUGCUUCAUGGAGUGUGAGAGAAUCCUUAUGGUCCUGGUUUAAAGUUCAUCAGUUUAAAAGAGAAAUUGGCCAAUUUUGCCUUUUCUGUGAAGCAGACAGAGAUAAAUCUGUGUUAAAGGUAAAGUAUAGGCGGCUAUUUUGUAAUAAUUGCAGGUCAAAGACUGUUACGAAGAACAUGCUACACAUUCUUUUCCAAAAAGGGAAAUUCUUUAUCGCAACAUGGGAUCAAAGGGCAUGAACUUGUGAACUUGCCCGCUUCUGCCUGUCAGCAGGGGAAUGUGCUGUAGCAGGCACUCCACCUAAAUCUAACCUCAACCAAAAUUUGUGAAGGGCAAAUUACAUUUGGGAACGAAAGGGUCUAGCCCCCUUUCUGUGCAAGUCAGUGAUCCCAGAGGUACAAGAGCCAAGCUUUUUUAGUAGCAGAUGUUAAGAUGUAACAUGAGAUGCAUUUGGUGAAUUAAAAAAAACAACACAUAUACAAAUAUAUAUAUAUAUAUAUAUACACUCACCUAAAGGAUUAUUAGGAACACCUGUUCAAUUUCUCAUUAAUGCAAUUAUCUAAUCAACCAAUCACAUGGCAGUUGCUUCAAUGCAUUUAGGGGUGUGGUCCUGGUCAAGACAAUCUCCUGAACUCCAAACUGAAUGUCAGAAUGGGAAAGAAAGGUGAUUUAAGCAAUUUUGAGCGUGGCAUGGUUGUUGGUGCCAGACGGGCCGGUCUGAGUAUUUCACAAUCUGCUCAGUUACUGGGAUUUUCACGCACAACCAUUUCUAGGGUUUACAAAGAAUGGUGUGAAAAGGGAAAAACAUCCAGUAUGCGGCAGUCCUGUGGGCGAAAAUGCCUUGUUGAUGCUCGAGGUCAGAGGAGAAUGGGCCGACUGAUUCAAGCUGAUAGAAGAGCAACUUUGCCUGAAAUAACCACUCGUUACAACCGAGGUAUGCAGCAAAGCAUUUGUGAAGCCACAACACGCACAACCUAGAGGCGGAUGGGCUACAACAGCAGAAGACCCCACCGGGUACCACUCAUCUCCACUACAAAUAGGAAAAAGAGGCUACAAUUUGCAAGAGCUCACAUAAAUUGGACAGUUGAAGACUGGAAAAAUGUUGCCUGGUCUGAUGAGUCUCGAUUUCUGUUGAGACAUUCAGAUGGUAGAGUCAGAAUUUGACGUAAACAGAAUGAGAACAUGGAUCCAUCAUGCCUUGUUACCUCUGUGCAGGCUGGUGGUGGUGGUGUAAUGGUGUGGGGGAUGUUUUCUUGGCACACUUUAGGCCCCUUAGUGCCAAUUGGGCAUUGUUUAAAUGCCACGGCCUACCUGAGCAUUGUUUCUGACCAUGUCCAUCCCUUUAUGGCCACCAUGUACCCAUGCUCUGAUGGCUAAUUCCAGCAGGAUAAUGCACCAUGUCACAAAGCUCGAAUCAUUUCAAAUUGGUUUCUUGAGCUUCGUGCCCUGGAUGUGCAUCCCACAAAUCUCCAUCAACUGUAAGAUGCUAUCCUAUCAAUAUGGGCCAACAUUUCUAAAGAAUGCUUUCAGCACCUUGUUGAAUCAAUGCCACGUAGAAUUAAGGCAGUUCUGAAGGCGAAAGGGGGUCAAACACAGUAUUAGUGUGGUGUUCCUAAUAAUCCUUUAGGUGAGUGUAUAUAUAAGCAUCAGAAGAUAUAAGACGGUGAUAACUACCAAUAGUUCUGAAAGAAAUAGUUAACCCAAAAAUAAAAAUGUAAUAAUUUACUCAUUCUCAUGUCUUUUCUACUACAAAUGAAACACAAACACAUGUUUGGAAGAAUUUCCAAGCUUUUAUUUUGUAUACCUUGAAAGUGGAUGAAGAUUUAUACUGCCAAGCAUUGAAAAGAACGAAAAAAUAAAACCCAACAUAAACAGGGUAGUCUCAUGACGAGGACUUUUUCAUCAUGCACCAUUCUCAACUCAGUUCAAACGGUUCUAUAGGCUCUGCAAUCUUUGGUUUUAUCGCACAUGUUUUAUCGCACAUGCUUAUCGCACUGCUUUAUGUAAAAAAACCUUAUAAUAAUGACUUCAAUAAUAAAUAACGAAUUCUACCGAAUAAUAGAAAAUAUAUCCGUUAGACUGAUAUCCAACAACAAGCACACGAAUAGACUUAUAUUUUAAAUAAACAUAUGCAAAAUGACAAUGUGAUAUCUCAAGUUUAAAUCAGAUGGCUGCGAUGCAGACUCUGUUUAUUCUGCAUGUCUCAGAAAUGUGAAGUUGUCAAGAGUAACAUUAAGACACUAUAUCAUACACAAUUUCCACUAUUUGACAUGUCUGUUUAUGUUUAAAACCUUUCGAGCGAGAACAUGCAUCUGUAGCUCUGUCACCCCUCAAGCAGGAAGUGUGUGUGAGGUGAGGGAGGGAUGACGUGAUUUCUUUAUAAAACAAUGCGAACGCAAGUCACCUGCAAAGAACAGGCGUGAACGUCGCAAUGAUUUUAAUGCACUUUUUAAUUGGCCACUUGAUUUUCUAAAGAGCGUGUCAUUAAACGAAUUUCACAAUCCUUCAGGGCUGCACAAUGAAUAAAAACAUCACAAUUGUGGUAUAGUUAUAUGUGAUUAUUACACCACAAAAAGCUGUGAAAUGAAUAGCCUAUAUGGUCUCACCUCAGAGUGCAUAAAUAAUAAUAAUAUUGAUAAAAGAAGAAAUAUUUGUUGAACUAUAUGUCAUAUUUGCUAUAUGGAACAAUGAAUAGAAUAGUUACAUUUAAAAAUUGAAUUUUCAUUUCGUAUGGAAGCACAUCCGGGUUAAGCCCUGCCCACAUCUGGUUAUAUCUGAAUACAGAUCAGACUAUUUUGGAUCGCAAAAGAUACAGAUACAGAUAGUGGCUUCA